AUGUCACCAUUAAAUGGUAAGACAUUUGUACUUGAGCUUGGUCGAGAUAUUCGUUUCAAAACUAAACAAGAACUUAUUAAUUAUUUACAUAAACAAAAUGCUCAUAUUUCAUAUAUUUUAACAGCCAGUACUGAUUAUGUUUUGGUUUCUAAUGAUAUUGAUACAUAUAAAACUCGUCGAGCUAAACAGUUCGGUAUACCAUUAGUAAAUGUUGAAUAUAUUUAUGAAUAUCGUAAAUUACCCAAUGAAAAUAAUUCUAUUGAUAUUAAACGAUUUAUUGUAACGUCAGCAGAAGAUAAAGAAAAUUUUUCAAAAAGUGGUACUAUAUCUAUUACGGAUGGAGGAAAUCCUUCCGGUAGUAUAAUAAAACCUGUUAAAUUAGAUUUGUCAAAAAUUAAAAUUUGGAAUUCUGAUGAUGUUAAACUACCACGAUUUGAUGAAUUAACACAUGCUGAAAUUAGUAAAUGGGCAAUUUUUAAAGAAACAAAUGAAAAUUCUGAUGUUUAUUUUGUUCUUGAAGUUCAAAUUAUUCCUGAAGAAUAUAAUAAUCAAACAAAUAAUGAUUAUCGAUUAAGAUUUCGUUAUGAAAAACAAACAAUAACAAAUUUAAAAGGUAAAAUAUCUUUAAUUCAAUAUGCAUUUAGUCAUGAUAUUAAUGAAUUACAUCAAUUAUAUGCUUUAUAUUAUAAUCGUAUUGUAACAAUGCCACGAAUAACACGAAUUCGUGAUUUAUUACCGGAUAAAUUAGGUUCGAAAUUAUUAUUACGUUCAUUAUUUCUUCAUCGAAUUGAUACACAAAUGCUUGAUGAUAAUGUUUGUCAAUUAGUUGAAUCACUUUGGAUUGAAUCAAUUGGUGAUUUAAAUAAAAUACUUUCUAUACAACCAGAAACAAUUGCUCUUAAAACAAUUAUUGAAGCAGAAGCUGCUUUACUUGAAAUCAAAUCUGAUAGUAAAUCGCCAUUAGAAGCAGAAAUUCGUUUCUAUUCGCUUAUUCCUCAUCAACAAUCAUUUGUUAUCGAUCUUAUUAAUAAUCGUCGUGCAUUAAUUGAUAAAUUAGAUUUAUGUCAGAUGCUACGCGAUAUGGUUACUAUAAAUGAAUUAACAAAUUGGAAUAUAAAAGCAUCAAUUGAAGCAAAAUAUCGGGCAUUAAAAUGUCAUAUAGAAACUGUAAAGAGUGAUACACAUGAAUACGCUACAAUUAGUAAAAUGAUUUCUUCAUCAACGAAUUCAAAUGAACAAGUAAUUAUUCAUCAAAUAUAUAGUGUAGCUAAACAAACAGAUGCAUUGAAUUUUCGUUCAACAUUUUUUAAUCAAAAACAACUUUUUCAUGGAUCAAAAUAUAAUAAUUUUCUUGGUAUUUUAUCACGCGGUCUUCUUAUGCCAAAAAUGGUUGUUAAUGAUUUAGGAGUUACACGUACUGAUAUUGGAUGUUUAGGAUAUGGACUUUAUUUUUCUGAUUCAGUUUCAACAUCAUUAAAAUAUACAAAACCAAGUAUAACACGUCCUGAUCGACGAUUAUUAUGUAUAUCUCAAGUAGCAUUAGGAGAUUCGGCAAAAUUCUAUUCAUAUGCACCAAAUUUAAUUCAACCACCUGAACAUUUUCAUAGUACACAUGGAGUAAAAAGAAAUGAUGAAAAUAAUUCAAAGUUUAGCGAUGAUGAAUAUGUUAUUUAUAAUCUUGAUCAACAACGAUUACUCUAUCUUGUUGAACUUUCAUGGAUACCAUAUGAUAAUAUGGAUCAAUCACUAAAAUUAUUACCUAUUAUUCGUGAUUAUUUAACAAAUCAGUCAAAAUUAUUGUCAGAUGAAGUGGAUAUUCCUUCAACAAUCGAAGAUGAAGUAAUUCAAGUAGCAGAACAAGAUUAUGGUUUAAUUUGUCCAUCGUCAGGUGAAGUUGUUCCACUUAAAGCUUUUCAUAUUCGUGCUCAACUUAUUGAUGUUACUGCUGAAAUUGUUCUUUAUCAAGUUUAUCAUAAUUCAAGUUCAAUACCAAUUGAAGCAAAAUAUAUAUUUCCUCUUGAUGAAAAUUCUUCUGUUUGUGGUUUUGAAGCUCAUAUUAAUAAUAAAAUAAUUAAAGGUGUUGUUAAAGAAAAAGAACAAGCUAAACGUGAAUAUCGUGAAGCUAUUGAAAAAGGUCAUGGUGCAUAUUUAAUGCAUCAAGAACAACCUGAAGUAUUUAGUGUAUCUGUUGGUAAUUUACCAGCUAAUUGUGAAGUGAUUAUAAAAAUUACAUAUGUUGUUGAAUUAUCUAUUGAAAAUAAUGAUAUUAUAUUUCGUUUACCAGCUAAAGUAGCUUCAUGGCAAUCAAAACAAGCUUUAGAAAUCAAAGAUCAAACAAUACUUCCAUCAAUUAAUCUUGAACAAGAUAAUUCUUCAAUGAAAUCAAUUGAAUUUAGUCUUAAAGCAUCAAUACGUAUGCCAUAUGAAAUAACAAAAUUAUUUUCACCAACACAUCGACUUCGUCGAAAAAUAACUGAUUGUCUUGCUAUGAUUGAACUUGUUGAUAAUAUUUUACUUGAAAAAGAUUUUAUUCUUUCCAUAACAUUAAAAAGUGUUAAUUUACCACGCAUGUUAAAUGAAACAUUUGUUUUAUCCGAUACAAAUACUAAUAAUCAAUUGAUUGAUGAAAAUUCUCAAGCAUGUAUGUUAACAUUUUAUCCAAAAUUUGAAAUGAUCAAUAAUUCAAAUGAAUACGUAGAAAUUAUUUUUAUUAUUGAUGUAUCAAAUUCUAUGGAUGGAAAACAUGUACAACAAGCAAAACAAUUAGCACAUUUAUUUUUGACAAAUAUGAAAACUGAUGAUAAAAAUAUAUUUUUUAAUAUUGUUACAUUUGGAUCAGAUAAUGAUGAAUGUUUUCCUAUUUCAUCACAAAAUACAAAAGAAAAUAUUGAUAAAGCUAAGCAUUUUAUUUUGCAUUCACUUGAUCAUCGUGGUAAUACUGAUCUAUUUUCUGUACUUCGUCAAUAUUCUCUUUUACCAUCUUCAUCUAAACUCGGUCGACAAUUUAUUCUUCUCUCUGAUGGACAUAUCAAUGAUCUUCAAUCUAUUUUAAUAUUAUUAGAAAGUCGAUCAUCAAUGCGUUAUGAUCGUUUAUUUACAUGUUCAAUUGGUGAAAUAUCUAAUAAACAUAAUUUAAGACAAUUAUCUAAUGGAAUAAAUGGUGGUGGUUUAAUAACUGUAUUUGAUUCAAAUUAUCGUUCAAGAUGGAAAACAAAAGUACUUCAAAUACUUGAACAUAUUCAUCAACCAUGUGUAACAAAUAUAUCCAUUGAUUGGCAUGGAACAAUUGAUGAUCAACAAGAAAAAUUUACUAGUCAAGCACCAAAAAUAAUUCGUUCAUUGUUUAACGGUAUGCGUUUAACUGUAUAUCGUUUUAUACAAAAUUGUCAUAAAGCAACAUUAACAGCAACAAUAAAUAAUCAAGAAUAUAUAACAACUGUAUUUACUCGUGCUAUUAUUCAAGAUUAUGAAAACGGUUUAUUACAUAAUGAUGAAUGUGAAAAUGAACUUAUUAAAAAACAAUAUAAACAAAAUUUAAUUGAACUUAGUAUGAAAUAUUCUGUUGUGAGUUCAUUUACAAGUUUUGUAGCUAUUGAAGAACGUGAUGGACAAGCACUUGAAACAGGUGUUCGAUUACUUGAUGUUAUGCUUGAAAAUAAUAUUGAUUUACUUCCAUAUAUUGGUUGGGAUGGUGAUCGAUCACAAAUUGAUAUAAUUAAAGAUAAAUUAAUUAAUGGAAAACGUUUAUUUGAUAGUGCUUCAAUAGCAAAUAAAAUUGAUUUAUUAAAUGAAUAUGAAAAUCUUUGUCAGAAUAUAUCAUAUCGUUUUGGUGGUGAUGCAAAAUAUGAUUUAAUGUUAACAAUUAUUAAUACAUAUCGAACAACAUUUAAACAAAAAGAAAAAGCUCGAGAAUUAGAAGAAAAUAUGCAGAAAGAUUUAAUGAAUGAAAUCAAAAAUGCGACAACUGAUGAAAUAAAAAUAUUAGAAAAACGACUAGAUGAAAUUGAUAUACGUCUUGGAACUGAAAUGUUAAAAGAUUUAGAACAUCGAAAUGCAACUGUUGAAGAAAGGGAAGAAGAAGAAGAAGAAGAAGAAGAAGAAGAAGAGGAAAACUAUUCACUCGUUGAGGAUGAUGAUGGAAUAUAUUACAGUGACGAAGAUGGUGGUGAUCUAUUUAUGAAGGGUAACAAUAAGCUUUCAUUUGACUUCGGUUUAGAUGAAGUAAAAGAUGAUUCCUUACGUUUGAUGUCGUCCCAGGCAGUGAAUUACGAUCUACUAGAAUGUAGUGAAAUUAAAUCAGUGCAAAACGAAGAAUGUGAAGAAAGUCAGGCAGGCAUGAGUUUUGGUUUAUUUGAUGAUUAUGAAGUUCCAAUGGAGGUGCACACAAAAUUCGAGAACCUAAUAAUGAAUGUUACUUCUGAAAAAACAGAAGGUCAUAUAUGCUCAUUUGAUGAAGCACUAGAAGAAGAAGCGAACUCUUAUGAAAUUGAUGCUGAUCCUUCUCUUUUCCAACAGAUGGAACCCAUAGCAUAUGACAAAGUGGAAACUCUAAAAGCAAAAAAAUCAAUUCAAGAAGUGAAGGAAUAUUCAAAAAAGCAGAUAGCAUCUCCAGUUUUAUCAAAAUUCGCUCUGAAAAAGGCACAAAUUCACGAAAAGUCGAGUGCUAUUCAUGCGAAUGUUCUUGGUGGUGAAAUUUCACCUAGAGCAGAAAUGUCUAGCAAGUCACGGGAGAAAAGUUCAAUACAACAAUACACUUCUUCUGAUCAUGGACUACAAGAACAGCAACAGCAACAGCAACAGCAACAGCAACAGCAACAGCAACAGCAACAGCAACAACAACAACAACAAAUGACAUCAUUAGAUUCAUCUGUUUUCACACAUACGAGUUGCUUAUCAAAUGAGAAAAUGGUCGCACCACAAAUGGCUCAAAUAAGUGACUCAAAAUUUAAUGCACCAGUAGGGUAUCAAGCUUCUAAUGAUGCUACCAUUACCACACCUGCAACAUUACCACUUCCUUCUUUUGGUGUACCAUUUGCUUCCAAUCCAUUCGGAACUACUACCGUUAGCGGCAACGUCAGCAACAACGCUUCUUUCGGCUCCACAGGAUUUGGGGCUUCAACAAUAUCUUCUCCUUUUGGGUUUCAACCAUCAGUUUUUUCUCCUGCAUCAUAUGGAUUUACAUUUGGAAGUAACGUUAGCUACAACACCAAUAACAACAUCAAUGCUCCUUCCAUGCUCGGAGGAUAUGGCGGUUCAGCAAUGUUUUCUGGUGCACCUUCACGACUACCACCACCACUGCCUCCUCCCGUUCCUCCACCUAGUUCAGCAUUGUUUGGAAGCAGUAGUAGUAACUAUAAUACCAAUACUUCUUUUAUGACUCCAAACUUUAUCGUACAACAAUCGGCAAUGUGUCCUUGGUCGCCACCUCCUCAUCCAACAACAGAAGCAUUACCGUUGAGCACCACAUCCUCGGAGUCACGAUCAUUGUUUUCAUUCGGUGGAUCUGGCGAAAAUACUGUUUGUAAUGCUGCACCUUCAAUGAUUAGCAAUCAAUCGAUAUUUAACAUUCCUUCGACUUCAUCUGUUCUAUCAGCACCGUUAUCAUUCGGUUAUGUUAGUGAAACACCUAAACCAUCUAGCAUCGAAUCAACUGCUGCAUCUUCAUCUCGUUCUAUCUUACUACAUUUAACGGCAAUGUUAUCAGAUGUUGACAAAAUCCAAACAGAAUCAGAUAAACCAAAUUCAACAGUUCAGCAAAAGGAAUCUAUUUAUCGUGACAGAGCUGUUGAACAAUCAAGUAAACUACACACUACUAGUCGUAUCUGCGCUCCUCAAAUGCGUCGAAAAGUAGAAUUGGAUAAAUUUUCCGAAUUUGUAAACCAAUUCAAGUCAGCUUCAGAAGCUAAACCUGUUGUUCAUAAAUCUGCUGUGUCAUGCAUGCGGUAUACUGAUACACGAUCUGAUGAACAAACGGAACCAACGGUGACUUCGACUUUCAAAGAAUCGUAUUCUAAUUCACCUACCCAGAUAGACUUGCUGUCCAAAAACAAGUUGGAAAAGAAAUGCAAGUCAUCUUCGAAAAAUGAUGUAAAAGAUACAGCAUUAUUAUUACUUGAUGUUACACCACUCAGUUUGGGUAUUGAAGAUAUUAAUGGUCAUAUGUGUAUAAUUAUUCGUCGUAAUACAACAAUACCAUUUCGAACACAAUUUGAUUCUUGUUUUACAAAUGCUUAUGCUUAUCAAACAACAGCUACAAUUCGCAUUUUCAGUGGUGAACAUAAACUUACAAAAUAUAAUAUAUUUCUUGGUGAAUUUAUACUUACUGAUUUAAUACCAAAUUUUGCUUCACAAACAUUAGAAAUAUCAAUUUGUAUGGAUAUUGAUUGUAAUGGUUUGUUACAAGUUGAAGCUGAAGAAAUACGAUCAGGUGCUAAAACUAAAUUUCGAAUUAAUUCACAAAAUUAUCCAUGUGACAAAAAUGAUAUUGAACGACAUCUUUCAUAUGUAGAAAGUAACCAAGAUUUUCAUGCCGUAUGGGUUGGUGAUCGACAACCAAAUGAUUCAUUAUAUAUGCUUAAAGGUGAAACUACAAAUGAAAAAAUUAAUUUUACUUGUGAAUCAGAAAUUUUUAAAGGUUUUUCAACAUUUAAUAAAUCGAAACAAAUUGAUUUAACUUCGAUGAUGAUAAAUGAAUUCAAAAGAAUUCAAUUAACGAAUGGAUCAUUUGAUUUAAAUCAAGAUUUAGCUAAUUUAUUAUCUCUUGAUAUGAAAGAUUUUGUUGAACUUAAAAUAUAUUUAAAUAAACAAGGUUUUAAUUCUUUUGCAUUAAAUAUACAAAAUGAUAUAAUUCAUUUGAUUGCUACGGGUAUUAUUCUUCUUGAAUUAUUAUUACAAGUACCCAAAUCGGAAAGAAAUAUAUUUUUAGUUCCAUUUGACAGUGAACAAAUUCGAUCAAUUCUUCAUCAUCAUUUACCGAAACCUUUAUUAGAGAAUAUUGAUAAAGCAAUUGAUUAUUACGAGCAAAAACGUUUAUGUUAUGGAAUUUAUUGUGAACAAUUAGAAUUGAAUUAUUCAUCAUGGGAAAAAUUUAUUCAAUAUGCACUUUUUCAUAUUAAUAAUUAA